CUCUCUCUCUAUUUCUCUGUUCCUCUCUCUCAUACAUUUCCUCACUCGUCUCUCUCAUAUUGACCUCUAUAUCUGUGUCGUGUCCUCUCUCUUUCUCUCUCUUUCUCUCUCUAUCUAUCUCUCAAACCCUAGAGGAAGGGAGUUAAAAGACGAGACCUUCCACUAUUUCCAAAGUCGUAAUAAAUCUCUCACUCUAUCUCUCUCAUCCAAAAGACUUCACGAGUCCCCAAAGAGAAAAAACCCUAUUCCCAAAGAUGAAGAACAAUAACAACAAAUCUUCUUCUUCUAGCUAUGAUUCUUCUUUGUCUCCUUCUUCUUCAUCUUCUUCCCACCAGAACUGGCUCUCUUUCUCUCUCUCCAACAACAACAACAACAACUUCAACUCUUCCUCAAACCCUAAUCUCACUUCCUCGACAUCUGAUCAUCAACAUCCUCACCCUUCUCACCUCUCUCUCUUUCAAGCUUUCUCCACUUCACCAGCCGAACGGCAAGAUGAUUCACCGAGAGUUUCAACCGGCGAUGCCACGGCGGUCCUUUCCAUUUACCCCGGCGGUCCUAAACUCGAAAAUUUUCUCGGCGGUGGAGCCACAACGACGACAACAAGACCAAUGCAACAAAUGCAAUCUCUCGGCGGCGUUGUCUUUUCUUCCGACCUACAGCCACCUCUUCAUCCUCCCUCAGCCGCCGAGAUCUACGACUCUGAGCUGAAAUCAAUUGCAGCUAGCUUCCUCGGAAACUACUCCGGUGGUCACUCAUCGGAAGUCUCGAGCGUACACAAGCAACAACAGAACCCUCUAGUUGUCCCAGAGACUUCGCCCACCCCGAAGAAGAGCGUAGAGAGUUUCGGACAACGUACUUCGAUUUAUAGAGGAGUCACAAGACAUAGAUGGACGGGAAGAUACGAAGCUCAUCUAUGGGACAAUAGUUGCCGAAGAGAAGGCCAAAGCAGAAAAGGAAGACAAGUUUAUUUAGGUGGUUAUGAUAAGGAAGAGAAAGCAGCUAGAGCUUACGACCUUGCUGCUCUUAAGUAUUGGGGUCCUACUACUACCACUAAUUUCCCGAUAUCGAAUUACGAAUCUGAACUUGAAGAGAUGAAACAUAUGACUCGACAAGAGUUCGUUGCUUCUCUAAGACGGAAAAGCAGUGGAUUCUCUAGGGGUGCGUCCAUGUACAGAGGUGUCACUAGACAUCAUCAGCAUGGUAGAUGGCAGGCACGAAUUGGAAGAGUUGCAGGCAACAAAGACCUUUAUCUCGGCACAUUUAGCACUCAAGAAGAAGCUGCAGAGGCUUAUGAUAUAGCAGCGAUCAAAUUCCGCGGGCUUAAUGCUGUCACCAAUUUUGACAUCAGUCGCUACGAUGUCAAGUCGAUUGCUAGUUGUAAUCUCCCGGUGGGUGGACUAAUGCCUAAACCAUCCCAAGCUACCGCAACAACAACAGCUGAGAAAACCGUUGAUCUAACUCCACCCGAACCUCCUUCUCUGACCACACCGUCGCUCACCUUCGACGUGGCAACACCGGUCCAUGACCAUGGAGGAACUUUUUACCACACCGGGAUACCGAUCAAACCAGACCCGGCUGAUCAUUAUUGGUCCAACGUUUUUGGAUUCCAGGCAAACACGAAAGCCGAGAUGCGACCAUUAGGAACUUUUGUGUCGGAUCUUCAUAACCCUUCUCCAGGUUAUGCUAUAAUGCCGCUAUUGCAAGAAGGCGAAAACAACUUUGGUGGUGCUUAUGUUGGGGCUGAAGGGUAUUAUAACAAUCAUUCCAGUGCAUCGAGCACUGUCUCGGCUAUUCCACUAUCCUCAACAACAGCAAUAGGUAACGCGAACGAAGGGUACUGGAUUAAUAACAACAACAUUUCAAAUUCUUACCAAAAUGCAAAGUCAAAUCUCUCUGUUUUGCAGACACCGGUUUUUGGGUUGGAAUGAGUUCUCUCUUAUCCUAAUUUGUGAGAGCGAAAAGAAAAGAAAAAAAGAUGUAGGAAAAGAAAGUCUAUGUUUGAGUUAAAGAUAUUUUCUUUUUUAGAUUAUUAUUGUUUAAGUAGGUUCUAAAAAUGUAUCUGUUAGUUUUUUCACUUUUAAUGGUUGUUUACUGACCACGAAUUUAGCUGGAUCUGACAGUACUAACUCUUUGUUUAAUGGCCUUAUGGGUUCUUUUUUCACU